AUGUCGAGACAUCCCACACGAUCCAUAGCGAGCGCCGGCAGUGAGUCCGUUCGGAGUAUACAACGAUCCUCUCCCCGCGGAGAGCGCUCCGCCUCGAACCCUGCAUCUUACAUAGGAGAUAACGAUGAUACCGCGCUACCGUCGAUGGAAUUUCACUCGCAUGUCCAGCAAUCUAUGGCCCAUCGCCGAACAGGGAGCACCUUGAAAACGGUGAUGCGCAAGAUCUUCAACCGCAAAAGACAAAGUCAGGCCGAUGAACUGGAAGAGAACCCAUACGAAUCUACCUUUGCGAUGCCACCGAUGAGGAAACCAGGGCAAAUGAAAGGAAAAUCAUUGUUAUCCGUUCCGCCUCCUCUGAAUUUGAGUUCACACCGGAGUAGUCCGCUCUCGGCACAGAACCUCCAGCUCGCAGAAACACAUCUCUCUCCGCUAUCUCCUCUAUCCUCUGCAACUUUGCGUGAUUCAAUGCCCGGUAGCAUGCAGCCACGCCGAAGACGUGCAACUCUUCCUAGCGUGGUCUUUUCAGACGACGAAUCUCGGUUUGCGGUCGCGUCAACGGCAAUAUCUGAUCCGCAAGAGGAUAGAGGCUAUAUGCCAGAGCGAAGACACAGCUUGCUCUCUCAUCGGCUAUCGAUGAGCACAGAUGCCUUGCGCGAAAUGACAGAUCACCUGCCAGAGACUCAGGCCUCUUGGCCCCAACGCACAUCAUCCGCCCCCGGGCCAGACUCGCUUUCCCGCUCGCAGUCCCCACCAUUAGAUGAAAGCUCUAAUAGUGGGCAAUCGGGGCGGCCCUCAUCGGGAACAACUGUAACCAGUGUGACCGGAAUGUCCGCACCAUCUUUGAUGGAAGUCGACCAGCGCGCAGAACAAGCCAGCCUCCCGCCGAACGUCGCAAGUCUAGUCAACACAAUGCAACAAGAUGACAAUGUCACUCUGGAACAGCGGUUGACCACGCUAGAAGUGAAACUAAUCGAUCUGGAAUUCGCCAUUGCCCGAAUGCAAACCAACGGCCCCGAAAUCACCGAAAAGCCAUCGCGCCCACGACACCCCCCUUCAACAGACUCAUUCCCUCACAUGCGUAACAAACCCACCGCAUUCCUAUCCACAAGCGACCGCGACGACUCCCCAAGCCCCCUCCCAACAAUCUCCACCCGCCCCUCCAGCACAAGCACCAUCCGCCAAGACUCAAUGACCCGCACACUCCGCCCCGCCCCAUCAGCAUCAUCCCUGUCAGACUACCACGGCGUCUCAAUCGAGCAAUACAGCACGCUCGUCACGCUCCUGCGCCGCGAACAAACAGCCCGCAGAAACUUAGAGACCCAAGUCGGCGGUCUGCGCGAUGACAUCCGCGAUCUCCAGCGCGCAGCUCUCGAAUCCAUGCAGUCAAACAUGGGCAUGCAGCCCGCGCCCACGGAAUCGCGGCAGUUCCUGCGCUUCCGUCGCGCGCUAGAUGACUCUGAUAAUUCUCCGGUGCUUAGGUCGGAUGAUAAGAACACUGGUAUUGCGGACACAGACUCCGAUUGGGAUCGGUCGGAAAUUUAUUCCCGCGAUGAUCCGUUCGGUCCUCCGAAGUGGGAGCGUCAGCGGGUUACAACCGUUCCUAUGAUUUGA